CCCAUGAUGUUACAGUGGCACAAGUUCCAUCCCUAACCUGGUAAUUUCCACAUGGGACUGAUGUGCCCCCCACCCCCCAAAAAAGAAAGUGUAGCGAUGGACUGGUUUGUGAGUGGCUUAGAUUCAAGGCGGGUUGGACAGAUGUAAGUGGCCUUUAGGUUUUGACUGGGGACAAGGAAGCAGUAAAUCCCACAAAGCUGAUGCCGGUUCCUGGUUGCAGGCGGAGCUGACCUGGACACCUGUCCUUGGCCACUGUCCUUUCUAAGGAACUCGCCUUCCAGAGCCCACCCGCACAAAACUGGCAGGGGGACCCUCUCAGGAGCAGAGGUGAUGGCGAUCUUCAGGCAGCUGUCCCUGGGCGCCAAGGCUGCCCUGGCUGCUGGCACUGUCUUCGUGUCCAUGGUGGUCUCCCGUUCCUACCUGGCAGAGAGCCUUGAGCUCAGGGCUUGGCGGUGGCUGUUCCGCCUGCAGCUCGCCCUGUUUGCCAACUCGCUAAUGCUUCUCGGCUCCCUCUACAUCUGGCGUAGCGCCAUCAGCAACCUCAGCCAGUCCCCAGCCGCAGAGUCAACCUGUUUCCAGCUCUGGAAGGUGGCUGUCAUUGCAUUCUUGGCCCUGGCCCAUUCCAGUUUCUUCACCAUGCUCUUUUUAGUGGCCGAGGAGCCCUACCUCUUUUCCCUGGCUGCCUACUCCUGCCUGGGGGCAUACAUCAUCAUGGUUUUCUUCCUCUGUACCCUCAGUGGCAUGGAGCAGGCCUACCAGCUCCUGGCCUGGCGCGCGGGCAGGGUCGUGGGCAGCCUCGACAGGACAAGGAAGCUGGCCCUCAGGCCGGCGCUGGCAGUGGUGGUGACCGCUGUGCUCAGCGUGGUGGGGCUGCUAAAUGCCGCCCAGCCCCCAGCUGUGAAAACCGUGGACGUGCCCAUCCACCAGCUGCCCCCCACCAUGGACAACCUCAAGAUCGUGCUCCUCUCGGACAUCCACUUGGGCCCCACGGUGGGCAGGACCAAGAUGGAGAUGUUUGUGAACAUGGUGAACAUGCUGGACCCAGAUGUCACAGUGAUCGUGGGUGACCUGUGUGAUUCCGAAGCCUCUGUCCUCCGCACGGCUGUUGCUCCUCUGGGCCAGCUUCAUUCCCGCCUCGGCACAUACUUCGUCACGGGGAAUCACGAGUACUACACGUCAGAUGUCAGCAACUGGUUUGCGCUGCUGGAAUCCCUGAAUGUCAGGCCCCUCCACAAUGAGAACAUGAAGAUUUCUGCCACCCGGGCGCAGGGUGUCGGCAGUAAGGAUGACGACUGGAUCUGCUUGGCUGGGGUGGAUGACAUCGAAGCGGACAUCCUACACUACUCUGGCCAUGGCAUGGACCUUGAGAAGGCCCUGGGGGGCUGCAGCCCAGACCACACCACCAUCUUGCUAGCUCACCAGCCCCUGGCUGCCAAGAGAGCCCUGCAGGCUCGGCCAGAUAUUAACUUGAUCCUUUCUGGGCACACGCAUGCUGGGCAGAUCUUUCCCUUGAACGUGGCAGCCUAUCUCCUGAACCCCUUCUUUGCUGGUCUCUACCAAGUGGCGCAGACUACGUUUGUGUAUGUGAGCCCAGGCACUGCCUACUAUGGGAUACCCAUGCGGCUGGGCAGCAGGGCAGAGAUUACUGAGAUCAUCCUCCGGCGGGCACCCUAAACCCCCCUGCCAUAUCUGCCUGCUCAUCGCCCUUGCCCUCCAUCUCCAUCCCUCUGCCGGGCAGGCUGCCUGCUUUACCCCCUCCAGCCUCUCCUGCCAACACAUGCUUGUCACGAGCCUGGCUUGCACCGGGAUUUGUGGUGGGGCUGCCUGGCAAGUCCAGGCAGUUUAACUCUGUAGAUGGCCAUCUGCUUUUUUAUAUGCACUGGUGAGGCCACUAAA